AUGGAUGGUCGGCGCCGGAUCGAUGAAGUUCUCCAGGUACUUACUGAUUGGGUACACACCCAUUACCUCAUGGGGCACAUUCAGGUUGCGGAUGGGUACAAGCGCCAAACGACAAACAGGUUUCAGUCCAUUGCAAAGGCAAAGGCCGAAGGCUACACCCCGGCGAUAAUGGACUUGCUAGGCAUACUUGUCCACAAGUUUGAUAAUGAUCCGAAACCGGACACGAGAACUUGGGUAUCGAACGGUCUGGUUCGACGGGAAUUCUCGCAGGGCGACUCGAGUGGCGCAGGGUCUUUGGGUGCACCAGAUGACAGGCCUGCCAAGAAGUCUCGGCCCAAUGACCCCUAUACCCUGCAAGACAACCGAGCUCCAACUCAAGCCGCUGACGACAACAAGCCGCUGUGGACUGCGGAAGACUUCGCCCGAUUCCUCGCCGAGUCGUUAGCGAAGAAGCCCCGCUCCUGCCCGCCACUACCAACACCCCCUCCAGCCAACGGAUUAUCCUUGACCGAGGACGAAGUCAGACGUCACCUUGAAAACCUGGCUGCAUCCGUGUCCCUCGCAUUGAAAGGAGCCAACGACAUCCUGAAGUUCGUCAAGAACCAGCGCCAAAUCACCGCGAAGUCGUCCCCGGAGUGGAUGUGGUGGUUCAAAGAGGCCUGCGAGGGGAUCCUGGGACAAGUUCUCCAUGGAUGUCCUAAUGCCCCAACACCAAGAAAGGUCGAGUUUCCGGGGAUAUCAGUAGUUCAAUGCCUACCUCGUGACGAAGUCGACUCGCUGACGGCACAACUGCAAAAGGCGGGUAUCAAGGCGCUUGUGACGGCGCAAGGUCUUAUGGCGCACAAGGAUCACAAAUACACCAUUCUGGCUAACAUAAACACGGGUGCAAUGGAGAUGCUGCAAAUUGAUUGCUGGGGAAUGUUCGGGAGCGUCGAGAAUAUGUGUCCGGGUUUGGUGGUAAGGAAGCAGAGAAGAUAG